GCGUUGUCCCGCCCCGUCUCGGUGUGCGAGCGCCUCGGUAACUCGGCGGUCACGUGUUGUUUUGCUCUUUAGUUGGGGCACUCGGUGCGCGAUGCGUUACUCACUGCCACGCUCCCGCCGGCACAGGCAGCACCCGCCGCGGCAGCAGCAGCACCGGCCGGGCGCCGCCGCCGGGAGCCGAGGCGGGCAGGACGUCGGGCGGCCGCCGGCAGCACCCGCCGCUUAGAGCCGGCCCCGGCGCGGCUGAGGAGCCCGGGCGGCCGCGCUCUCCCCGCGGCUGAGCCGCUCGGCGUCGGCAGCGCACGGCCGGGGGAUGGCGAGCCCCGCAGCGCCGGGGCUGCCGCCCGGCCCCAACCUAAACAACAACAACAACAACCGCGGCGUGAGGAAGUGCGGCUACCUGCGCAAACAGAAGCACGGCCACAAGCGCUUCUUCGUACUGCGCGGCCCCGGAGGCGGCGGGGAGGAGGCGGGGGGAGCCCGGCUGGAGUACUACGAGAGCGAGAAGAAAUGGAGGAACAAGUCCGGGGCGCCCAAGCGGGUGAUCGCGCUGGACUCGUGCCUCAACAUCAACAAGCGGGCGGACGCCAAGCACAAGUACCUCAUCGCCCUCUACACCAAGGACGAGUACUUUGCCGUGGCGGCCGAGAACGAGCAGGAGCAAGAGGGCUGGUACCGCGCCCUCACCGACCUGCUGAGCGAGGGCAAGGCGGCCGCCGGCUCCCCGCACCGCCCCCUGCCCUCGCCCUUCGCCGCGCUGGCCGCCGGCGAGGAGCCCGAUUACGGGCUGGUGACGCCGGCCACCGCCGCCUACCGGGAGGUCUGGCAGGUGACGCUGAAGCCCAAGGGCUUGGGGCAGAGCAAGAACCUCACCGGCGUGCACCGCCUGUGCCUGUCGGCCCGCACCAUCGGCUUCGUGCGCCUCAACUGCGAGCUGCCCUCGGUCACGCUGCAGCUGAUGAACAUCCGCCGCUGCGGUCACUCGGACAGCUUCUUCUUCAUAGAGGUGGGCCGUUCGGCCGCCACCGGGCCCGGCGAGCUGUGGAUGCAGGCGGACGACUCGGUGGUGGCGCAGAACAUCCACGAGACGAUCCUGGAGGCUAUGAAGGCUCUAAAGGAGCUGUCCGAGUUCCGGCCCCGCAGCAAGAGCCAGUCGUCGUCCUCCUCUUCCUCCGGGGGGGCGGCCGGAGGCGGCGGCCCCUCUGCUACGCACCCCAUCACCGUGCCGGGCCGCCGGCACCACCACCUGGUCAACCUGCCGCCCAGCCAGACCGGCCUGCUCCGCCGCUCCCGCACCGACAGCCUGGCCGCCGGCAGCAGGGCCGCGCCGUGCCGGGUGCGGACGGCCAGCGAGGGCGACGGCUGCCGGGUGGGCUCGGCCGCCGGCAGCCCCAUGAGCCCCGGCCCCGUGAGGACCCCGCUCAGCCGCUCGCACACGCUGAGCGGCGGUGGAGGGCGGCCGGCGGGGAAGCUGCUGCCGGUGCUGGCCGGGGGCGGGCUGCAAAGCAGCCGCUCCAUGUCCAUGCCCGCCUCUCACUCGCCCCCCUCCGCCACUAGUCCCGUCAGUCUCUCCUCCAGCAGCGGUUUGGGCUCCGAGCCGGCCCACCCGCAUCACCCGCAGCGCCCGUCCAGCGGCAGCGCCUCGGUGUCCGGCUCGCCCAGCGACGCGGGCUUCAUGUCCUUCGACGAGUACGGUUCCAGCCCGGGCGGCGACCCGCGGCCCUUCUCCUCCUCCUCCACCGCCAGCAACCGCAGCAUCACGCCCGAAUCGGUGGCCGAGACCCCCCCGGUGCGGGACUCCGGCGGCGGCACCGAUCUGUAUGGCUACAUGGCGAUGGAGCGGCCCCCGAGCGGUCGUCUCUGCUACCGGCCUUGCCCCGAGGCUGACCGGGGCCACCGCAAGCGGACCUACUCGCUGACCACCCCGUGCCGACAACGGCCCGCCCCGCCGCAGGUCUCCUCCGCCUCCCUGGACGAGUACACUCUAAUGCGGGCCACCUUUGCCGGCAGUGCCGGCCGCCUCUUCCCCUCCUGCCCGGCCGGGGCUUCCCCCAAAGUCACCUACACCCCCUACCCCGAGGACUACGGGGACAUCGAGAUCGGCUCUCACCGCAGCUCCGGCAGCAGCAGCACCAACCUGGGGCCGCCGGCAGGGGGGGGAGGCGGAGGCGGGGGCGGAGAUGAUGAUGGCUACAUGCCUAUGACCCCCGGCGUGGCCGCAGCCCUGGGUCGGGGGGGGCGUGGUGGCGAUGACUACAUGCCCAUGAGCCCCACCAGCGUGUCGGCCCCCAAGCAGAUCCUGCAGCCCCGGGCCGGGGUGGGAGGCGGCUCCCCCGGCAACGGGAGCAGCUACAAGACCAGCUCGCCGGGGGAAAGCUCCCCCGACGACAGCGGCUACAUGAGGAUGUGGUGCGGCUCCAAGCUGUCCGUGGAGAGUUCGGACGGGAGGUUGAGCAACGGCGACUACAUCAACAUGUCCCCUCGGGACCCCCAGCACGGGUCCCAGGCUCCCUCCCUCACCCCCCCGGACUUCUUCUUCGCCCCCGUAGCGCACGGGGCUGGCGAGCCCCUCAAACCCGGCUGCUACUCUUACAGCUCCUUGCCCCGCUCUUACAAGAGCCAGGGCCUGGCUAAGGACAGCGAUCAGUACGUGUUCAUGAACUCUCCGGGCAGGAUGAUCCCGGAGGAGGCGGUGUGCGGAGCGGCUCCGUCCCCGGCCGGCACCUUCGCCCCCUCUAGCCACACGGUGCCUUCGCCCCUGCGGCACAGCCGGACCGAGGGCUUCCUCAGCCAGCGGUGCCAGCGGGCCAUCCGGCCCAGCCGCCUCUCUCUGGAGACCUUGCGGACGAUGCUGCCCAGCAUGAAUGAACACCCCUUGCCUCCCGAGCCCAAGAGCCCCGGGGAAUACAUCAACAUUGACUUCGGGGACACCGCUGUCUAUUCUCCCCCCUCACUGCCCACUGACAGCCCAGCCUCCUCCCUGGGCUCGGGCACGGGGCAGAGGCGAUCCCCUCUCUCCGACUACAUGAACAUCGACUUCAGCUCACAGUCACCCUCCCAGUCAGGCACGGUCUCGGUGGGCUCUUUGGAAGCUCUCUCGCCUGGCUCCUCCUCCAGCACCAGCCAGCCCGAUGGGCGCUACAUGAAGGCAGCUGGAGGGGUGGCAUGUCUGUCCAGCCCGUCUGACAGCGGGGAUUACACUGAGAUGACCUUUGGCAUGGCCACUACCCCACCCCAACCCAUCGUUCAGAAGCCAGAAAGUGCCCGGGUCACCAGCCCCACGGCCGGGGUGAAGAGGCUCACCCUCUCUGGAGUGGAGGCCUUCAUCCUUUCUAGCCCACCCCCAGACCCCAACCGUGGGGCCAAGGUCAUUCGGGCUGAUCCCCAGGGGCGCAGGAGGCACAGCUCGGAAACUUUCUCCUCCACCACCACUGUGACCCCCGUGUCCCCCUCCUUUGCACACAACCCCAAAAGGCACAACUCAGCCUCAGUGGAGAACGUGUCCCUCAGGAAAAGCGAAGGCCUGGAGGAGGAGCAGGGCAGCAGCCCCAUGUGCCGGGAGACUUCAGCUGGCUUCCAAAACGGCCUCAACUACAUUGCCAUUGACUUAGUGGACGGCAGCGUGGCAGGCUGUGACAAAGCCAGGUCGAAAGCUAGGCAUGUUCUGAACGGAGGUGUCAACGGAGUGGAGAUGAGCGCCUACGCCAGCAUAGACUUUCUGUCUCACAACCUGAAAGAAGCAAGCGCUGUGAAAGCCAGUCGAUUUUGAAGAAGAAAAUAUUUUCUCUUUUGAUAGGGAGUAAAGGAAGAUGGAAAAGAUGAGAGCUCCAGCGUUGGCAGAGCAAGCUUUGAACCUAAUUAACGCGAGAGGAUUGUUGAAUGAGAUGGCAAAGUUUUAAAGGAUGCACGCUUAUUCUGAGUGACUUGAAGGGCCGAGGGCAGAGUGUUAUUUGGUGGUUGCUUUUGUUUUCGCUGGGGUCAUUUUUGGGAUUCGUAUGUCGUGACCUGAAGCGGGUGCAGAUGCUGUGCAUAUGGGUUGUGUUGCCCUAUACAAGACCAGCUUUGAAUUUACAGCCUAGGCCACUAGCAAGCUAUUGUGUGUGUUUCUUUGCAAACCGAUUUUUCACAGAAAUAACAGGUUUUCUAGAGCCACCUAUGGCCCUAAGUGAAAACCAAGCUGUUGUUGGGAAAUAACUAUUUCCACAACAGUCUCCAAACUGCUGACCUCAAGGCAGAGGGGGAAGUCAGGGGGAGGGCAGAGGGAGGCAGUGACAGAGAAAACUUGGCAUGUAUGGCAGCGCUCCCAUCAGCCGGGCUGGGAGCAGGAGUGGGGCAGCCGAGCUGGGGACUGACUGCUGUCCUCCUGCAAAGUAAACAAAGGGGUAACGCCAGAAACGUGGCCACGUUAAUUUGGUACAUAACGUACUGAGGAGAGGAUUUAAUUCUAUUGUAUAUUUAUCAAAGCGUGGUUUAUAGACAGGUUUUAAUGUUUAAUCUGUAUGUGUAUUUAUUUUCCCUAUUUCCUUUAAGCUCAUAAACGUAGACCUCAUCCAGAAGUGCUCUGGGUAAACUCACUGAGGUUUAAUCUCCACGUAGGAGGCAAAGCUCUCCUUCCACCCUCCUGUUUCCCUGGAAAAUGUGUCUGCCUGCUGCGCAGUUGCUCUUCUCGGGGAUUGCUGUAGCCAAUAUGAAGCGAGGGCGGUAAGAAAAAAGCUGCACAAGCAUCAGUCGGAGUGCUCUGGGUUGUAUGUCAAACUCAGGGCUUCACGUGAGCUGCGUUUGUGGCAGGCGAGCAGGAAAAGCUGUAGCAGGGGGUAGCAGAAAUACAUCAGGAAGGAACUUGUUAGGAUAUGUGGGAUGCACUUGUGCAUAUUUCCAGGUUUUUCUUUUGGUUUUCAUUAGGAUUUCACACUGAAGUUUGUUUACAGAGCUGCUUCUGCCACUGCUAAAAUGAUCACUUAGCAUUAUGUAUUUGAAUUCCGAAAGCUGUGGCUUGGGAGAUUUUUAAGACUUAUAUAUUCUUCAGAGAAAUAUAGAGACAAUUUAAAGGAAACUAUAUGUGAGCAAAAGCAAGUUAUUUUAACUCACUGUUAUUUUAACACAGCGGUAAUUCAGGUAGAUUUGAGAGAGUCUGUUUUAGUAAAAUAAUGGUUUGCAUGAGAGAUCUCUUACAUUACGUGUAAUCAGCAUUGAUUACUGAGCUGUUUGCACUAUUUUCAGAUCUUGUUUUUCUGUAUAUAUCAAAGUGGCAGGCUUUGCCUCUUCCAACAGAAGAGGGAUUUUUCUAUGCAGUUCAUAAGACAAUGGAGGAUCCACGUGCGCUUAACAAUUGGAGCAGGAGAACAAGUCAGAUACAGGAUAUACAAACAAGCUCCUUGUAAUUGCUUUAAUAGUAAAUUAGUGUAAAAUACAUGGAAAAAAUCAAUUUGAAUUCUUCCUUAAGCUCUGUAGCGAUCAAUGUAUUUUCACGUGGAUAAAUGCUUUGUGGGAAAUAAUCUUUGUCAUUUGAAGGUGGUUGGUUUUCACAUGUAGCUUUUUUCCUGCUGCCAGUACCUGUCCUCUGCUGUAGCAGUGCUGUAUUUGUGGGAUCUUCUUCCAUGUUGUCAUCUCAAGACAAGAGUGAGCUUGUGCCACCACAAUGGCUGUGACAACAGAGAAAUCAAAAGGUUGCUUGAAAUCAUCAACAUGUUUGAUUUUACUGUACUCUGAAAGCAUGUGCAUAUUGAAGAAUCUGAGAAAUCCUUGCUUCCAUCCAAUCUGUAAAUAAAAUAAUGGUUUUACUGGUCAAUUAAAGCUCUUAUUGGAUACGGAUAAUUAGCUAGCCUUUUGUUCUGACUUUCUGACCACUUUUUGGUUGGCUUUUUUUUUUGCUUAAAGAAAUGUGUGUUCUGUGUAUGGUUUUAUUUAUAGAGGCAUUUGCAGAUUUUUCUUGUACAGUGUCAGUUAUUUAUUCCAGUGUAUUUAUGGCAGGUAACACUCAACAGUGAGGUGACUUUUUAUGGUGAAUCUUAACUCUGUUGAAGUAAAGUGGGGGGGUUUUGUCUCAGUUUCAGUGGGGUAAAGGUUUUACCUUUUGUAUGUAAUCCUGGGAUUCAUAAGUAAAAUUCCCAUUAAGGUUAGUGACUGUGUAAUUGGGAGUUCUGCUUAAUUGAAAACACCAGGCUUGUCUUCUCUUAACAUCAUGCUCUGUAACUUUUCAGUGCUUAUAGUAGUUGAUCUAAUUUUCCAAAGCUGAAAAGAUAUUAUGUAUAGUGGUACAAAAAAACAACAAGAAAACAAAAAAACGAAAAACAAAACCUGCAACAGCAACUGAGGAUUGUGUUCUUCCUGUGUUAGUUUUGUUGCCUUUAUUUAAAGUAAUCAUCUGUAAUGCAUCUACUGAAGAUCGUAAUAAUGUGAUUUUUGAUAGUAAUAAACUUCCCCCUUGUUAAUUAGUUCUUACUUUUGUGAGGGUUUUGUGAAUGUGCCUAAAACAAAUAAAAAGCAUAUCUUAAGAACUCUCCCUGUGUCUUUCUGAUGGCAUUUCAGAUUAUUUCAAACACAACCCUUGUUUCCUUUUUCAUUCGGAUUGCUUUGCACAAUGAAUUAUUAAAAUUCUUUCCAUUCUAGUAUGCCAACAGCCCUAAAGUUUUGAUUCUGAGAGCAGCGUGAGAAUGCUUAAUUGUCUCAUUUCCAAAACUUAUAUUCAUUUUUUAAGUGACUUCUUAAAAGGAUUGAAAGAACUGUAUGUUGUAUUAGAAGUCAUUUUAAAGUCAUCUUUGAGUAAGGUACUUGUAAGCGUAGUAUAUUCCCUUGCUGAUAAGCUCCUUAAGAACAUCACAAUUAACACCCGAAAGAACUGAACUGCUUUUAACAACUCGCAUAGUUGGAUUUUACCUCUUAGAAUUAAACAUCUGAGGUUGUCUUUUACUGCCUCUAUGAAUGCACUUCUUGUCUCUCAGAUUGCAUUUUACAGGUAACCACACCAAAAUGGCUAAGCCUGAACCCAGCAGCACCAUUUGUGGAACAAAAUGUAAACUGAAGCUAUCUGAGAUUAAAUGGAGCCUUUGAUAUUUUAAAUUCUGUUGAUUAUGUGGAUGCCAGCUUUUUACAAGCAGAUAGAAGUCUCAUACAUGUUACAAGUUUUAAUAUUCUGUUUUGCUUUAUAUACUAAAUUACAUUUAGCUAUACUGUUCUUGUUAGGAAUGCCAUGGUUGCUUUGAGUGAUUUAAGAUAAAUUGUUAUAGACAGAGUUGAAUGGAGGGUUUGUUCUAAAAUGCACCGGUACAGUCAUUGCUCAAGGCAGAGGAAAUGCUUAGGUUGAUGAUUGCUUCUGAUUACUUGAUUUCUUUCAAGAUAGCUACAAAGACUAACGUUCCCUUGUAACUAAAAUGCAUAAAGGAGUGUUUGAACAGAAAGAGCGUUAGGACUUGUUUUAUAAUGGUGGUCUUUGGUUUGGUUGUUGUUGUUGUUGUGUGUUGGUUGUGUUUUCUCUAAUAAGGAGGGAAUAACAUGGGAUUCUUUACACUUGAUUUACUGUCAUUUUUAAAUAGCAGUAAUUAUACCGGAAUGCUGAAGUGGUUUGAAAGUUGAAACACAGCAAGCAUCUACACACACACAGAAAUGCUAUUAUUAGGGUAUGUAAUGCAACUUUCCUGCCUAUUCACCAGUUCAGUGGCAACAUAGACACAUUCAAGCGUUCUUCUCUAUCAGAUUUUCAGUAAAGCGCUUAGAAAUCACAGUAAAUAUGUUUAUUUUCAAAGUAAUAAAUAUAAAUGGCCAUAGCUUGUUUUCUCUCUCUCUCUCUUUUUUUUUUUUUAACUUGUUAAGGGUGUAGUAUGUUGUUACAGUAGUUGUCUGCUUGUUUUCUUUGUUGUCUAUGUGUUAUGUAUUAGUUGUGUAGUACUGUAGCAGUUUGUGGGAGUUUUAACAUGACGUUAGCAAAGUGUGUAUAGUAACAGUAAAACGUGAGUAUUGUGACUAAUUUGCUCAAUAAGGUUGUGUAAUGUUGAGGGUUUCACAGUUCUUUUUGUUAUUUCUUUGAAUGCUUGCUUAAAAGUGAGCUGUAUGCAUGUGGUAAUGAGUAGCAUCCAUUCAUUUUUAGAGAUAGUGCACUGACCCCAAAGUUCAGAUGCAUUUUGCUUGUGUGCGCGUUGUCUGGAGCGCAGCUGUUUUUAAAGUUUCCAUGUGUAUACAUGGAGGGGGUCAAGAGUGGCAGUCCUGAAAAGCCAAGUUCAGCGGAGUAGUUCCUUGCUGCCAAUUGCUGAAAAGACUGCUUUUCCUCCUGGAGCUUGUCCAAAGGACAGCUUCUUUUUGUUUUCACCCUGGUGUUUGUCUCUGCAGCCUGACUGUGUGUGUAUCCUGGUAAUCCUCUAGAAUCAGCAGAAGUAAACAGAACUCCUCUAGAGGAGCUCAUCCUCCCACCUAAUGUUGACACCUACUAGAAAGCAGGGUGAAUUUUCCCUCCACUUUGCUGCACCUCUGUGAGCUGUAGAAAAAGCCUGGGUUACUGGUUUAGAUCACAUCUAUUGUUUCCAUGCUCCUUUACAUUGGAUGAAUCCCGUAAUUUCAGGGUUUUAUUUAUAUUUUAGGGUUAGGCAUUGUUAGUUGGAAUGAAAACUUAGAUGAAAAGUAGAAGAAACACCGUAAAGGUUACUUGCACCUUUACAGAGGGUAAUGUAAAACAGCGCACUUCAGUGUUAGAGUGCUAAGACAGACAGUAACACCUGAAGCUUCCUAAAGAAAAACAGAGGAGUGUCAUCUCUGUUAGGUUCUAUCGGCAGCUCUCCUGAAGAACAGGCAUUAUUUCCGGGACUCCUCUGGUAAGUUUUGUGCCUUGGAAGUGUGCUGCUGUCUGACAACUGCAGUGAAGCACAGAUCUCCAACACCAGUCAAAGCAAAACUAGCACUGUUCAGCAUAAAUAUUUGCUCUAAAAUAUGAGGGAUUCAGUUGAAAGUCUAUUUUUUAAAAAGCAAAGACAAUAUUUAAAGUUCUGUUAUCCACGCAGUUUUCAUUAUUUACAGAUUAUGUGCUUUUCUUUUCAAAUGAUUAUUUAUCAGCAGUGACACCCCCAAGUUAUGCAUAGGUAUAGGGAAAUAAUAACAAUAAGCAAUGUUUUGCUCACACAGUGGAGGACAAUGUGUUUUGUGAAGAAACACACUAGAAGCUGCAAGUGGAGAAGUAAUGCAUCUUUUCGGCACUGAGUUUUGUUUUCUGUCAAGCCUGGAUUUGCUUGUCUUGGUUAAACUCAAAUAAAUAAAUAAAUAAAUAAACAGUUCUAGAGUGCAUUAUUAUCUGAACUAUUUCUGUCAUUGGUUUGCUGACAGAAAAACCCAAGCGCCAGACCUAAGCCCCUCCUCCUAAUCAUAACAUGCACGUUGCGGAAGAGGGACGUAGUAGCCUGAUUCCAUAGAUUAGUAGUGAUUCAGUGUUUUGUUUACAUUUUGUCAAUCUCUUCAGCAUCCUAGAGGAGAACACUUCCUUCCUGGCAGAUGGCAGCCCCAGGGCCAUGCACCUGCCACGACAGGCUCUGCGCUCGUAAUCUACCCCAGCAUCGCUGUUGACAAAAGGCUAAUGACAGGAGACUGUCUGCCUGACAGCCUCAACAAAACAGGAGCACAUUUGUCCUUCAGCCAGGCUCUGAAAGAUCUUAGGAAGGACAUUUGGGUGUAUACGCAAGAAUUAUCGUGGCAUUUAAUUUAGCCUUCUUCUGAAGCUCUUGUGGUGCGAGAUGCUUCUGAGAUAAUUACGUUGUAGGUGGUAGGGUAGGGUGUCUCAAAGAAGGGAUUUUCUGUUUCUCUGCUGGAGUGACACCCGACUUCCUAUUUUGCAGCUCAGUGCAGAUGGUAGGAGCACGUGUAUGAUUUAGCAGCAGAGCUGUGGGGUGCUGGCGAGGGGCACGGCCCUGUGCUGCUCAGAGGGUCCACGGCUGCUGUUAGCUGUUUAUGAAUGGUGUGUGCUGCUGUUGCAUAAUGCGUUCAUUUUUCCAUUGUCUGCCUUCUAGUGUUAAAUGUUGUUACUAUGUCACUAGGCCAGGAUCUCUCAAUUUGUCUUUCUUUCACUUGUGUGUUUACGUUUGGUUGCCGUUCUGAUUUGAAAUUCACAUGGGUGACGUCCCUCACGGAUGCUACCCAUAGCGAGGGUGUCUUUGAAGUAGGCCAGGAUGUUCUUUGCUAAAUUUAAAAACUACCCAAAUAUUACCCAGAGUUUGUAGAGUAUUAAGCGGGAUUACAUGACGCACGGAUUAGACAUUGUUGAGCAGCUUGUUUUUGUUUGAAGGGGUCAGAAAUGGAGGCACUGGGGCUUGAGUGCAAUGCCAAGCCAGGGAACUUACCAGUACCACAAACAGCAGAAGUUUAUUAGAAACAACAGAACACAGUGGAAAGUCUUCUAAGCUUUUUUAAGUCAUGCUUUAAAAAACAUGUUUGAAACAUGCUCUGGUGAUGAGUGCAAGGUAUGAAACUCACUGUUCAGUUUCGCUGAGUUUCACAGGCAAUUUCAAGAGACUUGAGGUGAGGACUCAGCUUCUCUGAAGUCAAAGGCAAAUCACUAAGUCUUUCCAGUAGCAGUGGGAAAAUCCUGUCAGUAAAGUUAGAUCUAAGCAAUGUUAGAUUUACCUAUUGUCUUGUGUCUUCCCUGGCAGCAUGUUAUUUUAAAAUGAUAUUAAAGAGGGUUCUCUAUGUCCAGUUUAAGCCCUCAUUAAAUUGGUAAACACUGUCAAGCUAAUGUAUUGAAUGAGGAAUUUUGAAGAUUUUUUUGUUGGAUCUGGGCUUUAGCUCCCUGCAAGUUACAAACUUGAUCAAACAAGACAUUCCUGUGAACAUCUUUUGGGGUAAAGUUAGGCUUGGCUUUUGUGUGGGAAGUGAGAUACCCGGCACAGCAGGAAGGGUCCCUGAGGAAGGGAAAGCAGUAGUGAGGCUGGCUUAGUUUGCCUUCAGGGAUGGAGUAACUGCCACUAUACAAAGUUAUUCCUACCAACUACAAGUGCUACAUUUUAGCAUUAUAUUUAAGAAGUAGGAGUAUAAUUGAUACAAACCCCCAUAGGUCACACCCGGAAAAGGAUUUUUUUGCAACAGUUUCUGAGAUUUGGAUCUGAAAGGUGGAGGUGAAAUGCAUCUGUGUGGUAGUUUCUCUCAAUUGUGUUAUUGUAUCAUUUGGAAAUGUUUAUAAGAGGCUAGACUUGCAUCUUCUACAAUAAAGUUUUAAUUCCUGAGCAAUUGUUUCUGCCAAAAUCAAUGAAGCAUUAACUGCAGUAAUAUUGUCUCUUUAACAUAACAAGAAGAAAAAUUAUGCUUCUGUUGUAAUAACCAAGAGCUAUUCAUUAAAAACUUGUGAUAAUGAUAAAUAUUCAAAUUGUGAACUGCAAAAAUUGCUUUAUUAUGAGCAUUAUUUACAGCUAAUUAGUCUUGAUUUAAUAAAACUCUGAAUGUUUAUAUUUAGAAUUGGAAUCAAACUUGUAAAGCAGUGUAGGGGUAUGUAAUUCAUUCCAUAGUGGUCACAGAAUUAAUGUUCAUGACUUUAACAGUAUUUACAGGAAAUGAGUAUGUGAAGAGGCAUAAGGGAUAAACGUAUGAUCCUGAAGCACAUAAUGCUUCAGGGAGUUGGCUGUAAACAUAAAAUGGGAGUGCUAAUGACCUUAUAAACCCAAUAUUCCAGCAGUUCCACUCACAACUAUCAGAGAGAUAUUCUUGCUUGCACAAAUAAGUGCUAGGAUGGUGUUGCUUUCUUUUGGAGUUCUACAAAAAUAUAAUUCAUCAUACUUCUCUGUUUUAAUCUGUAAAUGUCAAACAAACAUCUUGUCAAGAUAAACCUUUUACGUUAACUGGUGUAAUCUAAAUAAAUAGUAGAUUGUAUGGGUCUUAAAUAAAUAUUUUGGUAUUAAUCAGUUGCUGAAUGUUAGCCAAUAGGAUGAUUUCCAGAUGUAAAUGCACCAAUAAGUUUCAGCACUGUAAAUAAUUAAAUGAUUUCUAGACCAGGUCUAUAGGUGUUUCCUUCCCCCCCCAGUUAAUGUAAACAUCCAAGUGACAGUAAACUUAAUGCAGUGUAAGAGCUGGUAACAUUAGAAUAGUGUAUCUGUUGUUUUUUGUUGUUUGUUUGUUAUCAGGGCUACAAGGAUGAUGAUGAAGGAGCUGGAAUAUCUCUCUAAUUAAGAAUGGCUGAGAGACUUAGGAGAAGAGAAAGCUGAGGAGAGGGGAGAACUUAUCAGUGAUUUAAAAUAUCUAAAGAGCAGGUGCCAAGUGGGUAGGGCCAGGCUGUUUUUGGUGGUGCCCAGCAACAGGUCUGGUAGCAAUGGGCACUAACAGAAACACAGGAAGUUCUAUCUGAACAUGAGAGAUAUCUUCCCUUUAAGAGUGACAGAGCACUGGAGCAGGCUGCACAGAGAGGCUGUGGAGUCCUCUUCUCUGGAGAUACUCAGAACCUACCUGGAUGCUGUCCUGUGCAAACUGCUUUAGGUAACCUACUUUAGCAAGGGGUUGUGGGCUAAACCAUCUUCAGAGGUCCCUCUCAGCCUCUGUGUUUCUAUAUUCUUGGCUAUGAUAGAAAGUAUAAACAAUGACCUUAGACAUGGGGCUUGAAUGAGCACAACUUAACUAGUGUGUUUUAUGGCAGAAGGAGCUGGUCUAUGUUCUGUGAGGGAAGUUAUCCCCACGUCUGCUGUAUCCGUCAAGAACCUGGCAAGCUUUGACUUGCCUUCCUGGCUCCAUGGAUCCUUUGUCACCAUAGUAAGAGGAAGUAAUGCAACACUUCAUACUCUUCACACUCCUCAGCGAGUAUUUUUCUUUGUACUCACAGAUCAUCUCUUAUAGCUUUAUAAGAUGAUAACACCACAGCCAUACAAUUUUACGUGAAAUUACGUACCCCUACACUGCUUUACAAGUUUGAUUCCAAUUCUAAUUAAUUAAAUUAAACAGCAGCUUGCUGUUUCUUUAAAUUAGGUAAGAUAUUAAGGUAUGUUCCUAGGACUUAGACUCCCAGAAGAUGGGAGUCGUGGGUCUUAGUCAUUUCUGUUAGACAGAGAAAUGCCAUUCUUUCUACAGUUCCCUACCAGCCUAAGUUAAAAGGAAAACACUGAGCUUUUCAGAGGCUUGAUGUGUAGGAUGAAAGUUUAGACUCUCUGUCCCAGGUGGAAUGAUGUGUACACAUCUUGUCCUUAGGUAUCUUAGCUCUGAUGAUGUGAGUAUUAAGAAACGUUUCUUUUUUCAGCACUUCCUGUUCAUUUGGUUUCAGUCCCAUUCCCUUUACCAAGCAUUGAUUUUCAACUGGUCUUUUGGAGGCAUUUUCCCAAGCACUGUGCUGACAGCUACCUGAGCAGCCAACUCUUAUUCAUUGCACUCUGUAUGCAAGCCUCCAGUAAGCUCUGCUGAAGGUGGCAGAGCAGUAGGCAAAUAAGUCCUUUAUAAAAACCUGUUACAUUCUUCUUUGUAAUCCUUUAUUACUGUUUUUUAAUUAUGUAAAACCAUUGUUUUGUUCAGUGGUGAAGUGGCUUUGUCAUCCUCAAAUUAGCAUAGCAGCCUGUGUGCACCUGAGUAAAGCUUUCAUUUUUUUCCUGUACUCUUAGAAACAACUUGCAUUUUAAUAUGUGUCAAAGAAGGUGUUAACUUAUUAAUUACGUAAAGUACAAGCAAAGCAAGUUCUUGCUAGGGAGCAAGAAAUGCAGUGUGUUUGAUACACGGAAAACUGUUCCUUGUCAGUUUAAAAACCAAAAGCUAGCACAGUGAUGAAAACAAUUAUGCUUGAUUUUCAGUUAAUCCAGGGAACGCUUGUCCAAAUUCUGUGAUUUAGUUAAGGAAAAAACAAUGGGAAUAAAUAGUACUCAGAAUGGUACUUGAGAUAACUGUGUGGGGCUAUGACAUUGGAACCUCUGAUACAGAGUAAGCUGCCAGCUUUGAAGUAGUUCGUGGACUGUAAUUUGUUAGGCUGUAUGGAAGAACCACUCAUUUAAUGGCUGUUCAUGCUGGGUUUAUCUUAUAGUUGCUUUAUGGAAGUAUUUUUCUCACCUGAGUAAACAUGUCCAAGUCUUGUAUCUACUGUAUGGGGAAGUGUUCCUGUGGUCUUUUAUCUUAAACAUUGAUUGAAUCUGGCUUUUUGGUUUAGGGACUUUUCUGAUGACUACUGUGGAGGCUGAAAAUCAAACUGGGAAACAGUGGUGGAGUUGUGCCUCAGGUUGGUUGGUUGGCUUUUCUGUUUGUAAACAGACAUCUUGUGUUUGCUACGGAAAAGCUGCAGUUGGAUUGUUUAGCAUAGGAUGGGUGGGACUAUUUGCAAGGCAAAGGAGCUUAUUCCAGAGGAGGCAAUUUAGUCGUUCUUUUCCUAACGUGUUUUGUGGGAUUUAGUGUUUCUGGACUCCUGAUGGAUGCAAAAGUGUUGUUAAUAGGCAGAAAUAUCUUUGUCUGAGGCAACAAGGUGAUCACAUUACCUCAAAUUCUUUGCUGUGGGGGUGGUGAGGUGCUGGCACAGCUGCCCAGAGAAGCUGUGGAGCCCCAUCCCUUAAGGCACUCAAGGCUAGAUUGGAUGGUGCCCUGGGCAGCUGGUGGGGGAGCAGCCUUGCCCACAGUACGGAGUGGGGCUGGGUGAGCUGUAAAAGGUCUCUUCUAACCCAAACAGUUCUGUGAUUCUGUGGUAAAAUUUUAGGGGUCUUAAUACAUCUGUUCAGAAUGAAGCUGUUUAGUGUUGAGGGUUUCCAGCUCAAAUGUCUCCAGUAGGCACCAAGUGUCAGUAUUCUUGUUUUAUGCUUCUCCAUGUAUGGUGCUUUCUUAAUCUAAACAGUGUUUUUUCACUACAUGUAGAUCUAAGGAGUAGACAUCUCAUUAGCAAGUUGUUAGGAGCAUAAUUAAAAAGUCCUCUUAAAAUAAUGUUCAAACUCCCAUUAGUAAUCAGGAAAGAUUCAGACUGGAAAGAUAGAUAUAUGAACCUUUAAGGUAUAUUGAAGGGGAUGGUCAAGGACAGUCUUCAUUAUUGAUACAAACCUUUUGCCUUCCCUGACUAUAGAGGGAACCUACACACUUAGCAUAAAAGAGACAUGUAACUUCUGGAGGGCUGUGGUUUCGUGUCAUCAAAUUUGCUAUUUAAAACAAAAGGGCUUGAAAACAAGACUGAUGCUCAUAUGUGUAUACACUGGUGUAGCUAAGCAGUCCUGCCUGGCCUGGCCUUACUCUCUAUGAUAGUUUAUGAUGCAUUGUGUGUGUUCAGUAAAUGUGAAAUUGAAAGGGAUUUGUGUUUUCUCUAGCUAUGCAGCUGCUGCACUGUUGACUGAACACUUUUCAAUGCAUUUCCUGGUCUCAAUCACAAUACGUUAAAUAUGCAAUGAUAUCACCUCCUUAGAACUUGGAAACAAACUUGUGCUUUAAAGCUACAGGCAUGUUGGGGAAAAUACUUGUUUUGCAAACUGUUUCUUUUGCAAUCUCCUUUCUAAAGCAGCAUCUUAGCUUUUACAAAGUCUCAUCUACUUCAUGGUAUUCUCCAGGAGGUUCCAGAUCAUGAAUUUAACAUCCUGAAAUGCUCACAGCACAUACUUGAGAUGUCCUAAAGGGGUUUAGAAAGUUAGCUUGCUGUCAAUGGGAGAAAAUAUAUGCAGCUUUCUGUUCUGGAAACACCCACUGAAGUCUAGGGAGCUGUACUCUGAUGAGCAAUGUUAGGUCUAGAGCCAAACUUUCAAGUGUCAUUCAUGAAGUGACAAAGAUGGGUUUCAGUCUUCUUGCUGUAUAGAAACAAUCCUGACAAUUUCAGAAAGACUGGUCUCAGUUACAUGGUCAUAUGGUCAGAUUCACUGCUCUAAGCAGAAUGUAUUUUUCAGAAUGCUCCACGAGAUACUGGCAAACCUUAAAAAGAAAAAAAUUAAGUAUUGAUGGUUGCCUAUAAGUGUAUUUACACAGCAGCAUAUCAGUGAAACAUUAAACAAAAGGAGGCAAAGAUGCAUGUGUGAGAGCACCUGUGAGAUAAGGAAAAAACAGAGCUCCUGAGACAGCCAAGUACAGCUUUAUGCAAAUAUGUUCUGAGAGCUCUCGUAAUUACAGGAGAAAGAGCCUCGUGCUCUGCAGUCAGCUGUACUGGACAUGAUUGAUACCUAUUUUUUGUCUCUCUUUCAGUCUCUGAAGUUUGGAUAAGAGUGCUGGGAAAGCACACUGUGCUUUGAGAACAUAAUAUUUCUUAUAUUUAAACAAAUGUUCUUUUCUUGGGAAAAGUAACAUUUUGUACUGCAGGUCUCACUAUGGAGAAACAACACAAGUACAUGCUGUUUCUGAAGCUAAGAUUCAUUGUCUGUAUCACUCUUACUUGUUCCUUGGGGUAGGUGAAACUUGGCAUUCUGCAUCUCUUUAGCUACCUUUCAAGAAAGUGAAACUUUAGCAUCUGUUGUUUGGUCCUGCAGAACAAAUGAAUCUAGGCUUGCUUCACGUUAUUUCUGCAGGAAAGAUAGGGAGGAUUCAAGGUGCAUGUAGAGGAGCUGGGAACAGUCUCAUUCUGUACAAUCUGUGCUUUUUGAGUGAGAAAGAAAGCAAAAUAUGAGUAGGACUGAGGAGGCUGUUCUAUGUAGCUGUUGCUUUCACAAGUUAUUUUAUGGCCGACUUCCAGUUUUUAAACUGGUCUUCUCAGGAGAUAAAUUUUAAACAAAAAGUACUUUUCUAAACAGUUUACUGAGCUUUUUGUCUUUCCUAUCAAACAAAGUAGCAGUUAUCCUGCAAAUGUGAUAUGCAGAUGAUGGUUAUGAUGCCCAUGUGAUAAAUAUACAUUCUUUCCUUUUAUAUCCUAACAUAUACUUGCUUCUAUGUGCAUUACAAUCCAUAUCAGCUUCAGAAAUAAAUGCCAAUUCAUCUAGAGAUUAUCUUCAGAGCACCACAUUGUAAAAGAAGCUGCAAGUACCCUGUUUGUUUUUAAAGCCAGCUUUAUAAAUGCAAAAUAGAGAUGCUUUUAAUUUUUCUAGCAUUUCUCAGAACUGUUAAUACACAAUACAAUGUUAUAAAUCUAGUCUGUUAAUAAGGAAUCUGAAGGGUGAGGGUGUUGAAAUCAGUGGGGACUAAGCACCUCGCUAUGUUUGUGAGUCUCAGUGUGAGACAGUAACCAGUAUGCCAAGUGUGUGUGUUGGCUGCAAGCCUACAGUCUAAAGAUGUUAGGGAGAGCUCAGCUUGUUGUCUCUAAUGAGAUCGCUAGAACUACUUUGAUAAACGAUAUUUUGAAAGAUGGUUAUGGCCUAUGUGUACCUGAGAAAAGGGUAAGGUGCUUUGAUCAUUCUCUGUGGAGGUAUUAUGAAGUAUUUGCUUAACUUGGGUUCUGUUGGUUCUGGGCAGGAGCUGUGUCCCAAAUCCCACAUAAUUUGUCAAAAAAAAAAAAAAAAAAAAAAAAAAGGAAAAGUUCUUGACCCACAAUAAAAUAAGCAUGCAUUUCAUUGUUAAGGCAGGAUGUAAUUCCUUUGUGUCUGUGUUGUUGUGUGACCCUGACAACAUACUGGACCGGACUAUCACUUGUGGCUGGGUGCCACAAGCAAAUUGUUGAGGUCUGUUAUGAGCGAUAUUUACCUUGUAUUAGAUUUCACUUUUUUAGAAUGCUUUGUUUUCAGUGAGUAGAAAAAGAUACCGUGCUUGUGUGUGUGUACAGUGCCUUAGCACGACGGAAAUGCAGAAGCCAUAAAGUUUACAUGAAGUAGCCUUUAAAUAAGGAGACUUUGGCUUUAUUAAUGGACAUAACUUUAAUAUGUACCCUUUUGUAUAUGGAUACUUUAAUUACAGUUCAGAUGGAGCUAAAAGUGAAAAAUGGUUAAUGGCUUAACCCAAUUUGUCCUGCUGCAUU